CCACACUGCGCUACAUUGUAAAGCCGAAGGAGCGGAGCGGCUUGACGGUAACGGUCUCGCUGGACAGCCGCGCAGUUUCCCGACUUGCUGCGGAGUUUUAUCCUGAACCGAAUUACGUACGUUUCCGCUCUCAAAUGCAUUUGUUUGUCCGGACGAGACGUUUUUCCUAAAGUGGGUCGUGUUUGUUCUCUCUCUCUCUCUCUCUCUCUCUCUCUCUCUCUCUCUCACUCACUCACUCUCUCACUCACUCUCUCUUUUUUAAAAAAUCCGGUUUAAUUUUGGAGCGCUUAAGCUUAAAUGGACCCCAGGGUGGCUUGGAUUCAGCCCGAGCAGAAAGGACCAGCUAACGCUUUGUGGAUGCACAUCUGGGAAACCUCACACGGGUUACGGACUACUAAUACCUCACCCAGCCCUCGUUUGAACCCGGCCAUGGCGCCGGGCUUGAUGAAAACCAACUCCUCCAGUUGUAUCAGCCCGCAUCCCGUUCAGGUUUCGCCCAGUUUUAUUCUCCCACCUCCGUUUGACCACUGCAAUCUGACCGCACUGAAUGGCACUUGCACAGGAUCGGGGAAGCCGAGUGCUUCACCUAAAAAUGGCUCCUUGUCUCCAUCGUCCUCUUCUCUGGACUCUGAGACGGACAGUCCCAAAUCGGACUCUUGUGACAGCACAAGCACUCCCCAUCCCCGACUCUUUUUCACCUUCAAUGAGCAGCUGCACAACAUCAAUGACUAUUUGCAUCAGCACCAACAGCAGCAUUUGCAUCUCCAAACACAUCUUAACCAACACCACCAUCACCACCGGCAUCCACCACAGCACUUCCCUCAAGUGCCUGAACACAACCACCACCAUCAUCCAGCAAGGAAGAAGGGUGAGAACAAGGCCAGCACUUACGGGGUCAAUAACCCGCUCUCCAACUCCAAUGGUAACCUCUUCCCCCCUGGGACGCCGUGGAAGACCAGGAGAUACAGUCCAGGGGUGAACGGCCUUCAUGAAGAGAUAGUGGACUUCUAUGCCUUCAUGUCCCCCCGGCCUGCGGAAGAGGCCAUGAGGAGGGACGUAGUAAACCGCAUCGAGAGCGUGAUCAAGAACCUGUGGCCUGCAGCUAACGUCCAAAUAUUCGGCAGCUUCAGUACCGGUCUUUAUCUUCCAACGAGCGACAUUGACCUGGUGGUGUUUGGGAAGUGGGAACGUCCUCCGCUCCAGCAGCUCGAUCAGGCUCUGAGGCAGCAGAACCUCGCCCAACCCUUCUCCAUUAAAAUACUGGACAAAGCUACGGUUCCUAUAAUCAAGCUGACAGACCGAGAGACGGAUGUGAAGGUGGACAUCAGCUUUAACGUGGAGACGGCCGUGAAAGCAGCACGCUUCAUCAAGGACCACUUAAAGAAGUACACGGUGCUCCCGUACCUGAUCUUCGUUCUGAAGCAGUUCCUGCUGCAAUGGGAUUUAAACGAGGUGUUUACAGGAGGCAUCAGCUCCUACUGCCUCAUCUUAAUGGCCAUCAGCUUCCUGCAGCUCCACCCCCGAAUCGAUUGCCGGGCGACCAACAUAAACCUGGGCAUCCUGCUGAUUGAGUUCUUCGAGCUGUACGGCCGCCACUUCAACUACCUGAAAACGGGAAUCCGGGUGAAGAAUGGAGGUGCCUACCUCACCAAGGAGGAGAUGAUGAAGGCCUUGAGCAGUGGCCACAGACCCUCCAUGCUGUGUAUUGAAGAUCCCAACUUGCCAGGCAACGACGUGGGCCGCAGCUCUUACGGGGCCCUGCAGGUGAAGCGGGUGUUCGAUUACGCCUACAUCGUCCUGAGUCACGCAGUGUCUCCUCUCGCCCGCUCUUAUCCUAACAAGGACAAUGACAGCACACUCAGCCGGAUCCUCAGACUGACCCAGGAGGUGAUCAACUACAGGGAGUGGAUCAUCCAGAAGUGGGGAGAGAGACACAAUGCCAUAAUCAAUCGCUGCAUUGUCCAGUUCGGAGGCGACACCGAGGAGCAGCAAAGAGACUCUGCAUCUCCACAAAGUGCCGAUUCCCUUAUGUCCAGUCCCCAGCAGCACUCCUCAUCCUCGUCUUCGGCCUCGUCCGUUUCCUCGCUCUCAGGAAGUGACAUUGACUCUGACUCUGUUCCAUCUGGACAUAAAGCCCUGCACCAGAUUUUCCCAGCAUUCCCUGUGCCCAGCUCUCAGCAGAGGACACAAAACGGGACAAAUCCCUCUGAAACCACUUUGUCAAACGGACAGGUUCGUAAGCCCCUCCCCGUGUCUCUACCCCCGCCUGUGCCAGGCAGACCUGUAUGUGUGGACGGGUGUGUGCCACUGAGCAACGGUUACCGCAUAUCCUCGCCCAUCUACCUCGGCCCUCUUCCUGGUCUUCAGCACCAGCCCAAGUUUCAUAAUGUUCAGAGGUUUGGCCCGAAGCUUCCCGGCGGCUUCCAGCCUGGUCAGAUGCCUGCACCUCGCGCCAACCUUCCACAGCACAACCGAAACGCAUGGCACCGAGGAGGAGGCAAACGCCGGCCUCUAGCCUCAGCAGAGAGAACUGCCACAGGUCAAAGCGCUCGGAUUCACCGAACAGGAUAAAGCAGGUCCUCAAGAUGAAUAGGUUAAUACCCAAGCCUCUGCUUUUCUCCUGUAAAUGAACUCUCAUUGCUCGUUACGUUUUUGCAAACCAGAUUAAUCCAUUUUCAGGUACGUCACUAUUAGUGCACUUACUGAACAUUUCAUUAAUGGUCCCCCAAAAUCCUUUGUUCCAAUUCUAAGGUCUAAUGGUUUUAAUAUUUGUUUUGUAUAAGCUAGCAUUAUGCUGAUGCUCAUUCACAUCACAUUUAGUGAUAAAGUCUAUAAAAUAUCGUACAGGGAGACGAGGGUUUUUACCAUUACCCAUAAAAGUCACCUGAUGUAGUUUUUUCAGAUCACAAAUUCUGAUGAAAUAAUACAAUAAAAUAAAUCAUUUCCCCUCCAACUGCAUAACAUUAAGAUCAUAAACAUUUUGGGGGAAAUUCAACUGACACAAUAAAUCUAUAAACUGAGUUUGAGUUAUGAGUAAUCAUUAAAUUCUGCUAUACAUUAAUAAACAACCUUAACAAUCUUGAAUGGACAGAAGGAUUUGAAAUAUAAAUGAGUUUUUGCAGCAUAUUUACAGUUUAAAUGUAGAGGAUUUAUACAGUGAUAUAUACAGUGAUUUUAUUAUGCUACAAUUACAAGUCAAAUCUUCCUGAAGCAGCAAUGUUGCUUCUUGUAAGAAAUUUGCUAAACAAGUUGGGGAAAAAAAACUAACUAAAAAAGACUAAUCUCUCCUCCUUGACUUUA